AUGCUGAUGGGGGACUUCAAUGAAGUCAGUCAUAGCAGUGAGAAGUUUGGGGGCAGAGUGGUUUCCAUGAACAGAUGUGUACUACUCAAUAACAUGAUGACGACGUGUGGCCUGAGCGACCUGGGAAAAGAGGGGCCAGCAUUCACGUGGUGUAACACGAGACAUGGGCUAGCCAGAAUUCCGGAGCGCUUGGACAGGGUUCUCGCUAACUCGUCUUGGCGGUUAUUAUUCCCAGAAGCAUCUGUCAAACAUCUGCCUCGACUACAUUCUGAUCACUGCCCUCUCUUACUACAGUGUGAGGGAAAGUUAACUGUUGAUAGAUCAAAACGUCCAUUCUGCUUUCAAGCAAUGUGGACUGCUCAUGACGAAUGCAAACAAAUAGUAGAAAGCUGUUGGGAUGCUACAGAAGGCAGUGCGGUAGAGAAGGGUGUAGGAAAGGCUUGCAAACCGGGGGUAUUCAAAUAA